UGUCACGAUAUCGUACCAUGAAAAUAACUGACCAGGUGCGACGGACUUGCUUUUUCGUCCGGAAUUACAGAAAUGCACUCCAAAACUUUCUCACUUAAAAUAUUCACAUUUAAUUUGUAUAUCUAUCUACAUAUGUAGCCAUGCUUUAAUCCGUCGCCAAGUUCAGUCAUGUCACAAAUUCUAUCCUGCCCCGCUGACAAGGCUUAUUAUAUCGGUUUCCAACUAUGAGGUCUUUCCGAACAUCUCAACAAUUAAUAGCGACUUUCUAUGCGAGAAAAUCAUGUCGGCUAGCUCAAGGGGUAUCUCGAUUGGACCUGGUGCCGAUUCGCGCCAAUAUAACCAAGGCCAUCGGUCGAUCAUCAUGGUUGCAGCAACACCAAUUCCCACGUGGCUUAUUUAGUUCCAGUAAACAGCAGUCCUCCAAGACCGGUUCCGGUAAAGGUUCCCUAGUAGUCGUCCCCGUCGCUUUAUCCAUUCUAGGCGGCUCGCUUAUAUACUCGCUCUAUCCAGGCGAUGAAUUACGACAAGCUCGACUUGUUAGACAGACCAAGAAAUGUCCGAAAAAUACUUCCCAGGAUGACUCGCAAUCUCAAGCCGGUGACACAGCAUGGUCGGCCUUUUGUCGCCGAUUUGAGAAUUUCUCCAACGUUACCGACCUCGAGUGGUCAGCCUUUUCUGAUCGUAUUGUAGAUCUGAUCUUACCAGAAUGGUCUAAAGUUCUUCCCGGUCAAAUCCGCAAACUCCAGCGUGAGCUUUCUUUGGCGGACGGGUCACUAGCUAAUGAAAUAUGGCGAGAAGCUCAUGACCCUUUCAUCCACCCUGAGAUUCAAUACUCCGCUAAGGUGCGUGUCUCAGAUGAGUUAUGUGCCGAAGAAAAGGAAUUCUUAGCUCGCCGAAAGAAAGUCGCAACAGCAGCUUUAGCGAAAUAUCUCGGCCUUAAUGAAAAGGACAUUCAUCCUGACGAUGUACCUACAAUAGCUAUGUGUGGUUCCGGUGGCGGACUUCGUGCUUUAGUGGCCGGAACUGGUUCCCUCCUUGCUACUCAAGAAGAUGGAUUAUUUGACUGUGUCACAUAUACAUCCGGAGUUAGUGGCUCAUGCUGGCUUCAGUCUUUGUACCACUCGUCUCUCGCAAAUUCCCGAUUUGAUCGCAUUGUCGAUCACUUAAAAGCAAGAAUCGGAGUUCACAUCGCUUACCCUCCGGCUGCAUUUUCAUCUGUGAUAUCUUCACCAACUAGCAAACUACUUCUUAGCAGUCUGGUUGAGAAGCUGAAAGGAGAUCCGAAUGCAGAUUUUGGUCUUGUCGAUGUCUACGGUAUUCUUCUGGCAGCAAGGCUCCUAGUUCCAAAAGGUGAACUAGGUAUUAACGAAAGAGAUUUCAAACUCUCAAACCAGAGGGAGUACAUACGGUACGGACAAAGUCCAUUGCCCAUUUAUACUGCCGUGCGCCAUGAGAUCCCGGAUAUAAUUGGCAGAACAUCCAAACCUGCCACCGAUGGUUCAGAGAGGGCAAAAGAAAUUGCCAAACAAGAAGCGUGGUUUCAAUGGUUCGAAUUAACUCCGUAUGAAUUUUUCUGCGAGGAAUUCAAUGCUGGGAUACCAACAUGGGCACUUGGUCGACGAUUUAAUAACGGAGAAGAUGUACCUCCUGAGGGAGAUGGCUUUCACCUGCCAGAACUCCGUAUGCCUAUAAUGAUGGGUAUUUUCGGUAGUGCUUUCUGUGCAACUCUGAGCCAUUAUUAUCGAGAAAUUAGGCCUCUUGUCAAAAGCCUAACUGGCUUUUCCACACUCGAUGAGAUGAUUUAUGGAUAUAAUGAAGAUUUAGAAAAGGUACACCCAAUUGACCCGGCUCAAAUACCCAAUUUUACAUAUAAUAUGGGAGGCAAAUUACGAUUUACGACGCCUACUACAAUCUACGAUAACGAAUAUAUACAAUUGAUGGAUGCUGGCAUGUCCAAUAACCUGCCAAUUUAUCCCCUGCUUCGGCCCGGACGGGAUGUUGACGUUAUUGUGGCAUUUGACGCCUCUGCUGAUGUUAAAACGGAUAAUUGGUUAUCUGUAACAGACGGUUAUGCCCGCCAACGUGGCGUUAAGGGUUGGCCCGUUGGUGUUGGCUGGCCAAAGGGCACUGACUCAACACAAAAAAUUGAGCAGCAAUUAGAAGCAGCGCAAGCAAGUUCGUCAUCCGAGGCGGACGCUAAAAUACGCCAGGCGCAACCAAAUCAAGAGACACAGCAGACCAAGAAUAAUAAUGACGAGGCUAAAAAAAUAACUGAGCAGAGUGAGAAGACAAAACAUGAUAUAUCGCACCCAGAAGAUUCUGAAUUAGGCUACUGCACGAUCUGGGUUGGCACCACAGAAGAACGAUCAUCCGAGCCACCACCACCUGCGGGAGCGCUCACAGAUGAUGCACUAGCAUGGCAACUAACUGAACCCUCCGCGGGUAUCACCGUCGUCUACCUACCAUUCCUAGCGAACCCUAAAGUCGAAGGCGUCAACCCGGCGACUAGCGAUUACAUGAGCACGUGGAAUUUUGUAUAUACGCCUGAGCAAGUCGAUAAAGUCGUAGCACUCGCCCGCGCCAAUUUCGCCGAGGGCAAGGACCGUAUCCGCCGAUGUGUCCGUGCCGUUUAUGAGCGCAAAAAGAAGAUGCGCGAGGAGCGCGAGGCAGCUCUUAUGAAAGAGAGCUAUAGGCGGUUAAUGCGCCUUGGUAUUGCGGAUAAGUUAGGGGAGGGCGAUCACUUCAGUUGAUGUUAGAAUUGUACUGGAUAUGGAAUUGAUACUCUCCCCUUUUCUUCCCUUUUGUAUACCUAUUAUAUUAUGUUUGUAAUUAAAUCUUCCAUGUACA